AUGAGAAGAUCAAGUCUAGAUUCCAUCAUUUCAUCCAUCGAAACCUCAAGUCCAAGUUCUCCAGAUCUCAAAUCACAAUUCUCAUCAAACCCAACACUCGAAACGAUCAAAGUACCAAACCAAACUACCUCAACAUCAACUCUACAUCAUUCAUCAAAUCCAAGCCACAAACGAUACUUAAAACUUUGGUCAACUUAUCAUUCUAAAGAACAAGAAGAAGAAGAAGUGGGUAAGAAAAGAAACAAGUUAUCUAAAUCGAAGGGUAGAUUCAAUUUACCUUUAUUUAGGAAACCUUGGAAGCGUUCUAGGUUUAUAAAAACGAGUUUCCAAAAACUUAGUACAACCCAUCAAUUCUUUCUACCUCAUGACCCAUCCACCCCACUUCAUCCCAACCAAGCUCCAACACCCACAUCCACCAAACUAAACUUAUCCAACAUGUAUCCUAUAAUUCCAGAAUCAGUAAGACCUACAAGUAGGACCAGUAGUUCACCAAGGAUUUCAUACGAUUCGACUUACACUACAAUCGAUUAUCCAGAUUCGAUUAGGAAUAGUACUGGAUCUGAACUUAGCUUUAGGUGUCGUGGACUGGUUUAUUCUGAUUCUAGUGAUGAAGAAGAAAUUUGGAAUGGAUGUGCUCAUCAGAAUCAGACUCUUGGGAUUAAAUCGGUACAGGAUUCUUGCGUUUGUCAGUGUAGUCUUAGGGUUGAUGAUUGGGUUAGGAUUGAGGAUGAAGAUUUGUUAGAUGCUUGUGCUCUUAAUGCUCAUCAGACGUGAUGUUGAAAUCUGGUAUCAGGAUUUAUUUGAUCGAUUAUCCUUGGAAGUACUUACGCAAAAACCGACUUCAUUCCACCUAACCUUAAAAAACCGCUAAAGAAAUUCAAAAAUCAUUCAAGAAUAUGUACUUUCGAAUUCAAUCAAACCCCCUCAAACCUAUCAACCAAACCACUUUCAAUAAUCAAAAAAAGAAAUCAAUCUCAUCUUUACUUUGCUUUAUAUGUGUACUUUCCUAUCUUUUUAAAAUGCUGGUCUUACCUUAUUCGUUUACCAAAAGAAAGAAACUUAAUUAUUUACUCAAAUCCUUCACCUUGAAGCUUUUUUUUUCGAGGUUUGAGCUUUGCUACUCUUGGUUUCUUAAGGAUCUCUUUUUAAUACUUACUGAUAUCUUUUUUAAUACUUGUUCUUUUUUUAAUACUUACUUGAUCUCUUUUUUAAUACUUACUUGAUCUCUUUUUUAAUACUUACUUGAUCUCUUUUUUAAUACUUACCUGUUCUUUUGUAUUAAUGUAAAUAUAGUUGUCAGACCUGAUGAAUGAAUCAAUGAAUGAAUGAAUGUGUAAAAGUCUUGCAGGGUUUGGUAUGGUUU